AUGGGUCGUAUGCAUGCACCAGGAAAGGGCAUUUCGUCCUCUGCUCUCCCUUACUGCCGAACUGUACCAAGCUGGUUGAAGACCACUCCAGCUGAGGUUAUUGAUCAGAUUUGCAAGCUUGCCAAGAAGGGCAUGACUCCUUCCCAGAUUGGUGUUAUUCUCCGUGACUCGCAUGGCAUUGCUCAGGUCCGUUUUGUGACUGGUAACAAGAUUCUCCGUAUUCUCAAGAGUAACGGUCUUGCUCCCGAGAUCCCCGAGGAUCUUUACCAGCUCAUUAAAAAGGCUGUUAUGGUUCGCAAGCAUCUUGAGCGCAACCGCAAGGAUAACGAUGGCAAAUUCCAUCUUAUUCUGAUUGAAUCUCGUAUCCAUCGUCUGUCCCGUUAUUACAAGACCGUUGGUAACCUUCCCCCUAACUGGAAAUACGAGUCUUCCACUGCCUCUACUCUCGUUGCAUAA